AUGGAGUCAGACAUCUCACAAGCCUUCCAGAAAGAACUCACCUGCUUCAUCUGCCUGAGCUGCCUGACAGACCCAGUCACCAUAAGCUGUGGUCACAGCUUCUGUCGAGCCUGCCUCCACCUUUCCUGGGAAGACAUCCAACCACCUGUCCGAUGCCCUUUGUGUAGAGAACAAUAUGGGAAGGAAUUGAGAACUAACAUUGUUUUGAAGAAGCUGGUGUCCAUUGUCAGACAAGCCAGCCUCAUGAAGGACCUGAGCUCUGAGGAGCAAAAGUGUGUGACCCACGAGGAUACUAAGAAGAUCUUCUGUGCUGAGAACAGGAUCUUCCUCUGUCCACUCUGCUCAAACUCUCAUGAGCACAGAGAACACAGAAACUGUCCCAUUGAAGAAGCUGCUGCUGAUCAAAUGGACAGACUUUUGAAGCAAAUGGCAUCUUUAUGGGAGAAGGUCCAAGAAAAUCAAGAGAAUUUAGAGUCAGGAAACAGAAUGAGAACUCUUUGGACGGGUUUGGACGACAUGUUCAGAAGAGGACACAGACACUGUCCCAUUGAAGCAGCUGCUGACGAUCAAAUGGUAAGUGAUGCUUCUGAAAGAACUUGCAAGCUGGAGAGAGGACAGACUUUUGAAGCAAAUGGCAUCUUUAUGGGAGAAGGUCCAAGAAAAUCAAGAGAAUUUAGAGGCAGAAAACAGAAUGAGAACCCAUUGGACAGUGAGUAUGAGAACCAUGCUUAA